AUGGCCGGGCGGCAGCGUCUGGGCGGCCGGAGCGGCGAGGCCGGGGAGGAGGAGGCGUCGGCGGAGGACCUACCGGUCUACCUGGCACGUCCCGGCACGGCGGCCCAGACGCCCCGGCAGAAGUACGGCGGGAUGUUCGCGGCGGUGGAGGGCGCCUUCGAGAACAAGACCCUCGACUUCCAGGCCUACAGCGUCGGCCAGAAGGGAGCCCGCACCCCGCGCAGCGCCAGCCGGCCCGAGCUCCUCGACCAGGCCGGCUGUGAAGGGGGCGGCUCCGGCCUCAGCUCGCCCGGGGGGGAGAGCCAGCCCAGCCGGCCUCUCUGCCUCCAGCUCCCCGCCCCGCUGGCCCAGCAGCCCCGGCCGGGACCCCAAGGGCGGCAGGGCGAUGGUUUAUUCAUCAAGAACGGACGAAUUAUCAACGAUGACCACUCCUUCUACGCCGAUGUCUACGUGGAAGACGGGCUUAUCAAACAAAUUGGACAGAAUCUGGUUGUUACCGGAAGCCCGAAAACCAUCGAGGCAACCGGCCUCAUGAUCCUUCCAGGUGGUAUUGACAGCAACAGUUCUCUGCAGAAAUCUGUUCAAGGCGUAACGGUAGCUGAUGACUUUUAUCAAGGAACGAAGGCUGCGUUGACCGGAGGCACGACCACCGUCAUUGAUCACAUCCUUCCAGAGCCCGGCUCCAAUUUAUUAACGGCGUUUGCAAAAUGGAAAGAGGCAGCAGAGAGCAAAUCCUGUUGUGAUUAUUCUCUGCACAUGGACAUCACCGACUGGUAUGAUGGGAUCCAGGAUGAUCUUGAAAAUCUGGUGCAAGACAAAGGUAUCAAUUCUUUCCAAGUCUACAUGGGCUACAAGGAUCUCUACCAAUUGACGGAUUCCCAACUCUACGAAGCAUUUACAUUCCUGAAAAGUCUCGGAGCCGUUAUCAUGGUCCACGCAGAAAAUGGGGAUUUGAUAGCUCAGGAGCAAAAGAGGGUGCUGGCAUUGGGAAUAACAGGACCAGAAGGUCACGCUUUGAGCCGACCUGAGGAGCUGGAAGCAGAAGCCGUAUUCCGGGCCAUCACCAUAGCUAGUCGGAUCAACUGUCCUGUCUAUAUCACUAAAGUUAUGAGUAGGAGCGCGGCUGAUGUAAUCUCGCUGGCUAGGAAAAAAGGUGCUCUGGUAUUUGGGGAGCCAAUCACAGCCAGUCUGGGGACCGAUGGCACUCAUUAUUGGAACAAGAAUUGGGCGAAGGCCGCAGCGUUUGUGACCUCACCGCCUCUGAGUCUGGAUCCUACCACGCCUGAUCAUCUGACCUCACUUCUAGCCUGUGGAGACCUACAAGUGACCGGAAGCGGCCACUGUACUUACAACACAGCCCAAAAGGCUCUGGGCAAGGAAAACUUCACGCUCAUCCCAGAAGGGGUUAAUGGAAUUGAAGAAAGAAUGACGGUGGUCUGGAAUAAAUGUGUUUCUACAGGUAAAAUGGACGAGAACCAGUUUGUUGCCAUCACUAGCUCUAACGCUGCCAAAAUCUUCAAUCUGUAUCCGCGAAAAGGCAGGAUUGAAGUUGGGUCCGAUGCUGACCUCGUGAUCUGGGAUCCCGACAAGGAGAAGACGAUCACGGCCAAAAGCCAUAAAUCGGUUGUUGAAUAUAACAUUUUUGAAGGCAUGGAAUGCCGCGGGGCUCCCUACAUAGUUAUUAGCCAAGGGAAGGUUGUGUUCGAGGAUGGGAAUCUCACGGUGAGGAAAGGAACGGGCUCGUUUAUCCCGCGGAAUUCCUUUCCAGAGUAUCUUUAUCAACGGAUCAAAACUAGGAAUAAGGUAACGGAACUACAGGGUGUUUCCCGAGGAAUGUACGACGGGCCGGUCUACGAAGUUGUAGCAACUCCUGCGAAAUAUGCAACCCCCGCCCCCUCAACGAAAACGUCGCCUGCCAAAAACCAGCCUCCGCCCAUCAGAAACCUCCAUCAGUCUAAUUUCAGUUUAUCAGGGGCUCAAGUAGAUGACCAUAAUCCUCGCCGCACCGGACACCGUAUCGUCGCACCGCCAGGAGGCCGUUCCAACAUCACUAGUCUCGGAUAAGCGCAGAUGGAAGUCGGAAACGAAGAACGAACGCUCUUAGUCCUCCUCUACAUUCCCGUGCUCCUUAGCUCACGCUUCAUUCAUUGCUGUGCGAGGAAAAAAAAAUGUUUGUCUUAAGGAAAUAAGUGUCAUAGUGUGAUGUGUUUGCUUGGAAUGAAUCACCUUGGUUGUGUUUGCCAUCUUAAAAGCAUGAUCCUCCCCCCCUGUGCUCGGUGAGCAGCGGUGCUGCUUGUAGCUUUGCUUGCAGUAGAGUUUUCCUUUGCACCUUCCCAUCCCCUUCCUCCCUUAGUUGUGCUAGAUUAGGCAACGCAUGUUACUGAAGCAAGUUGCGGUUUAUGCGUCUACUUUAGAGUAAGGCCGCCUGCCACUAUGGAUUAGACCAGGGGUUGGCAACCUUAAAGACUCAGAGAGUCAUUUGCACCCGUUUCCCACACAAAAGAAAACACCGGGAGCCACAAACGUCCCGUUCAAUUCUGGAGCCGACCGGAAAUCUGGCUCCUCCACCAUAGAGUCUCCUCCUAGUGCGGCAUCCUUUUACCUCUAUCUGUCCUAAACGAAAGCCUUGUCAAUUGUGGAGCCGAUCGGAAAGCCCGGCCCUUUCCAUAGAGUCUCCUGGCAUGCUGUGCUUCCUCACCUCCAAACGGAAAGUCCUCUCAAAAUUGUGGUGCUGACCGACAGUAAGGAGCCGCAGCAGAGGGACGAAAGAGCCACAUGCGGCUCCGGAGCCGCAGGUUACUGACCUUGGCUUAGACACAAGGUCAAGGCGUGAUGUUCGGUUAAAGGAAGACACCUAUGGACGUCUUAUAAAUAUGCAGUAGAAUUUUUGUUGGUGUUUUUAUUCAUUACCGACCCAAUGAGGGGGGCCAAUAGGCUGUGAUCUUCUCAGUCGAGUCAAACUCUCGUCCGACUUUAGGAAAAGCCAUUAUUAAUAAUCCAUGUGGUGACUGUAGAGGAUUUCCAUAGGCGGUCAUCCUUUACACACCAAUUUUGGUACUUGUAAACAUUUCAAAGGUUUGUUGGUUUUUUAAAACGUUUUUGUAUGAUGGAGAGGUUUUUUUUUCCCUUCCUCCUUAAAAAUUGUGGUUAUUUAUUAGAAUGUGUCAGAUUUAGUAGUUGUGGCUCAUUUUUUUUUAAACACUUGUGAAAUAAAAGAACACGAAGUAGCUCGACUCUCUUUUAUUGUAGUGCAUUAUCAAAACAAUGGCCUUUUGGUAUCUCUUGUGCAUCCUUGAUAAAACUCCGACGAGACAGGAAUUAAACGGCAACUAAAUAACUGGCUGGAGAACACGGACCAGAACUCAUUAAAGUGCAGCAUUCCUUGCGUACAGAUUCACAGAAUAAUAAGAGUAACAGAUUUGGAUGGGACCGUGGAGGUCUUCUAGUCCAACCCCUGCACAAGCAGGAGACCUUAUAUCAGAUGCAGCCUAAUCUACGUCACCGCGCACUGGAAAUGGCACGCAAAACCACCCCACCUGGAUCGCGGCAAAACCCAGAAGAGCAGUGCUCCAUCGUGCGUGUAUGCACUGGCACCAGAACGCCCAGUUUCGGUGUGGAUGUGCCUGAGGAACAGCUGGCCAUCGGGCAUGCAUACGCAGGAAACCCAGAUGUUUGGGUGCUGCUUUUUCGGGUUUUGGUGCUCCCGCAUGUGUGAAGGCCAGUUGCCCAGCGUUAUGUACGGGCACAGGAAUGCGGGAGAGCAUCUGGCUCAUUCCUUCUCCCUUGCCUGCAGGCAAGUGAGUUUGGAGAGGAAGGGAUCGCAAGAGAGUACAUCUGUGUUUCCCACAGCUUUGGGUUGCUUUUUUUUUUUAAAAAAAACCCCUCUCUUGUCAUCCCUUCCUCUCCAAACUCACUUUCCUGAAGGGAGGGAAUGGGUCAGAUCCUCUUGCUACGCGUUGUUUGGAGAGGAAGGGAUCGCAAGAGAGUAGAUGGAGCUUAUAGGACCAUCGUAUGAUGACCAAGGCAUGGAUGGGCCAUCCCGGCAACUCCUCUGAUAGUCAGAGGGUCACUCAGCGGUGGUUCUGACCCAUUCCUUCCCUUGCCCACACAACUGAGUUUGGAGAGGAAGGGAUCGCAAGAGAGUUUUUUUUAAAAAAAAUAGGGGCAACCAAAGGCUGUGGGAAAUGCAGAUCUACUCUCUUGCGAUCCCUUCCUCUCCAAGCAACGCUUAGCAGAGGAUGCGGCCCAUUCCCUCUCCCUUGCCCACAGGACAAGGAAGUUUGGAGCGGAAGGAAUCGCAAGAGAGUAGAUGGAGCUUAUAGGACCAUUGUAUGAUGACCAAGGCAUGGAUGGGCCAUCCCGGCAACUCCUCUCAUGGUCAGAGGGUCACUCAGCGGUGGUUCUGACCCAUUCCCUCCCUUGCCCACACAACUGAGUUUGGAGAGGAAGGGAUCGCAAGGUUUUUUUAAAAAAUAGGGGCAACCGAAGGCUGUGGGAAAUGCAGAUCUACUCUCUUGCGAUCCCUUCCUCUCCAAGCAACGCUUAGCAGAGGAUGCGGCCCAUUCCCUCUCCCUUGCACACAGGACAAGGGAGUUUGGAGCGGAAGGGAUGGCAAGAGAGUAGAUGGAGCUUAUAGGACCAUUGUAUGAUGACCAAGGCAUGGAUGGGCCAUCCCGGCAACUCCUCUCACGGUCAGAGGGUCGCUCAGCGGUGGUUCUGACCCAUUCCCUCCCUUGCCCACAAGGUAAGUGAGUUUGGAGAGGAAGGGACCACAAGAGUGCUAAAAAAAUGGGGGCAACCAAAGGCUGAGGGAAACGCAGAUCGACUCUCUUGCGGUCCCUUCCUCUCCAAACCACGUCAGAGGACAGCGGGAGCCCCUCCUCAGCCGGAGUCCUUUGCCUCCAUCCGAAGGCAGGGCGGCGCUUUCCGAACCCCCCAAAAAAGGGCCGGCAGGGAGACAACCGUCCCACACACACACACACACACACACACGUGUCCACCGGCCCGGCUGCUUCAGGCCUGACCAGGUUAACAGCCGAGCGUGAGGCGGCGGCGCCACACGGCCAGUCAGCGCGCGCUAAACUCCCGCCUCUACCUCGCGGCUCUCCAGAACCUUCGCGACGGCCGUCCGCCCGCCCGCCCGCGAGGGAGCGCUCAGGGCCGCUCUCGCUCUCUCUCUUCGCGCGCUCUCUCUUUGCUGCGCGCGCAACCUUUUGUUGCUUCCUUCGUUUCCCUCGCUUCCUGCCGGCCCGCUCACGCUCUUUCCCUCCUUCCCUGCUGCGCGCGCAGCUUUUGUUCCGCGGUUUCUUCCUCCUCCCGAGCUCGGGAGAAGGAGCCUCGCUUCCCGGCGGGGGGGGGGGGGCGGGCGCUCUCUGUCUCCUCCCUGUCACUCUCCCUGGUGCGUGCGCAGCUUUUGUUCUUAUUGCAUCCUCCUCCUCCUCCUCUUUCCCAGCUCGGGAGGCGCCUCUCUUCCCGGGCGCCGCUCUCUCUCUCUCUCUCCUCUCUUUUUUCCCUGCUGCGCGCGCAGCUUUUGUUCUGUUGCCUCCUCCUCCUCCUCCUUUUCCCCAGCUCGGGAGGCGCCUCGCUUCACGGAGGCCGCUCUCUCUCUCUCCUCUCUUUUUCCCUGCUGCGCGCGCAGCUUUUGUUCUGUUGCCUCCUCCUCCUCCUUUUCCCCAGCUCUGGAGGCGCCUUUCUUCCCGGGGGCCGCUCUCUCUCUCUCUCUCUCUCUCUUUCUCUCUCGCUCUCUCUUUCUCUCGCGCUCGCGCUGUCCCUGCUGCGCGCGCAGCUUUCGCGCUCCCCCCUCCCCCUCGAGGCGCCGCCUGCGGGUCCCGCGCGCGCGGCCGAGCACCGGAGCUUCCCUCAGAGCGGCGGCGGCGGCGGCGGCGACGGCGCCAUGACGGCGGAGGAGCGCGGGGCUGAGGAGAUGAGCGCGGCGGCUGCGGCGGCCGCGACGGCGGCCUCGGAGGGCCUCGACAUCACCGCCAAGUGCGACGGCGGCGUCCUCAAGGUGGGC